CCUGCGCCCCCAGGCCGAGUACCACCGGAGGUUCGGGAAGAUUUUCCGCAUGAAGCUGGGGGCUUUCGACUCGGUGCACAUCGCCGCGCCCUGCCUCCUGGAAGCCCUGUACCGCCGGGAGAGCGCCUGUCCCCAGCGCCUCGAGAUCAAGCCCUGGAAAGCCUAUCGCGACUAUCGCGACGAGGGCUACGGGCUGCUCAUCCUGGAAGGAAAGGACUGGCAGAGGGUAAGAAGUGCCUUUCAAAAGAAAUUAAUGAAGCCCAGGGAAGUUGUGAAGCUGGAUACGACCAUCAGUGAGGUCCUGGAGGAUUUCAUGCGUAGAAUAGAUGAAAUAUGUAACCACAAUGGGCAGAUGGAAGAUGUAUAUUCAGAAUUCAACAAAUGGUCCUUCGAAAGUAUCUGUCUGGUGCUGUAUGGAAAGAGGUUUGGCCUCCUGCAGCAGGAUGUGGAAGAAGAAAGUUUGAACUUCAUCAAGGCAGUAAAAACGAUGAUGGCCACUUUUGGGAUGAUGAUGGUGACCCCUGUGGAACUUCACAAGGGGCUGAACACAAAAGUCUGGCAAGCUCAUACUAAAGCAUGGGAUGAUAUAUUUAAAACAGCCAAACACUCCAUUGACUGUCGGCUGGAAAAACACUCUGCAAACCCUCAGGAGGAUUUUCUGUGUGACAUCUACUCUGGAGGACAACUUUCCAAGAAGGAGCUGUACGCUGCCAUCGCAGAGCUCCAGAUUGCUGGGGUGGAGACGACAGCCAAUAGUUUACUGUGGGCUCUGUAUAACAUUUCACGCAAUCCACAUGUCCAGCAGAAGCUUUUCCAGGAAAUAAAGAGUGUUUUGGCUGCUAAUGAGACUCCAAGUGCUGAGAACUUGAAGAAUAUGCCUUACCUGAAAGCAUGUCUGAAAGAGUCCAUGAGAUUAACCCCAUCAGUGCCAUUUACCACUCGCACCAUCGACACGGAAAUGGUUCUGGGAAAUUAUGUGCUGCCCAAAGGGACUGUUCUGAUGCUAAACAGCCAUGCCCUGGGUUGCAAUGAGGAGUACUUCAGGGACUGGACUCAGUUUAGACCAGAGCGCUGGUUCCAGAAGAACCUGAUCCGUCCGUUCUCCCACGUUCCCUUUGGGAUGGGGAAGAGGAUGUGCAUCGGGCGCCGUGUGGCAGAGCUGCAGCUCCACUUGGCCCUUUGCUGGCUCGUCCACAAAUACCAAGUUGUGGCCACUGACCAGAGGCCGGUGGAGACUCUGCACUCGGGAAUCCUCAUUCCCAGCCGGGAGCUGCCCAUCGCAUUCCUCAGGAGAUGAGCUUGCAGCAAAAUGGAUGACAACCCUGCUGCUGCCUCCUCUUAAAAAACAGGCAUCAACUGGAGAAGUCAAAGCUGUGGAGGCUCCACCAGCCAGUGAAGAAUUGCAACACCCGUCCCUUGAACAACUGCAGAGUCAGAAAUAGCACCAAGAAAAGCUCCCAGACUGUUUUAUUGGGAAAAUGUGGUUAGUUAGUUCAUCCAGUGUUAAAAGGAAAGAAAAACAUCAUGUGCAUUCACAUACCUGUGGAAAUACAGUGAUUUAGUGCAGCUGAGGGACUGCCCAGGACAACGAGCUGUGCAGUGUUCUGGACAGUUCUUGUCAGUGCACAGGGAAAUUAUUGCAGCCUCAGGCUCUUCCACAGAGCAGCCUGGAAAGAGCUGCCUCCCAGUUUGGGUUCAGUCCUGACUGCACUGGCCCUGUCAGCUCAGAGUGGAAGAGCUUGGGAAGGCAGUUUAAGGGAGAAGAAACUGGCUUAGUCCUUAUCAAUCACCAACACCACGGAUUAAGCUGAGACAUGAGAUGGCAGUCAGGAAUUAAGCUAAAAUGAGGGCUUGAAAAUCAGGAUAAUUAAAAAAGGAUAUUUCCCUGGUGUUAUAUAAGAAUAUAAGGACAAAUGUACAUAACACAAUUUAUUCCUCAUGCCUGCAGCACAGUAAUUUGAUUUAUACACAGUGCUGUGCCUGGUACAAUCUCUGCUCUUGCCCAGGGAGCUUCAUGCCUCUGAUUCCUGCACAAACCAUUUUAUCCCACCUUUAUUGUCAAACCUUAAUGGCCUUUUAUUGCAUGAAAAGGCCUCAUUCAAAAAUGGAACCACUGGAAUCCUAUGGGUUCUGCCACUUAAAUGCUGAUUAUCCUAACAGGAUAGUGACUUCAUUAGAUGAGUACUAUAAAAUGUAUCUUUCAAAGAACAAUUUCCCAGGAAAUGAGGAUCCUAAAUAUUUCAGAUAGGUUUUUUUCUUGUGGAGACUGCAGUAUCUGUAUCUAAAGGUUAAAAUUGUCACUGCCUUGCAUGUAAUAUUAUAUGUUAGUUGUUAUGGUCACUAGUUUUUCCAAUGAUGCAGUUUGAAGUCCAGCUUUGUAUAUACAUAACCAUGAAUGGUUGUUUUUAUUUUUUUACUUUCUGAAAUGAUCCAAGUUCUUAGUAUUUGUUUGUCUGACCCCUAUGUUUUGUUUGUUUUCCUCUGUUGUUAUACUCAGACAUGGAAAUGUAGCCCUAUUAAGAGGUAUAAGGCAAUUUGUGUAUUAUCUGAAUAUUUCUAGUCAAUUUGGUAACAGUCAAUUUUGUAAUAAAAUAAAGGUUUCUAUUGUUUUUCUAU